AUUCUCACUCACUAGCCUCCCCCUCCAUUGGAAUUAUUCUUUUUCUUUUUCUAUAUAUAAAAUCUCUGUGUUCUGUUCCUUAUGUACUUCUCCAUUACAACCAACAUGGUUCAAUCAAAGAAGUUCAGAGGUGUCAGGCAGCGUCAUUGGGGUUCUUGGGUUUCUGAAAUUCGUCACCCUCUUUUGAAGAGAAGGGUGUGGCUAGGAACAUUUGAAACUGCAGAGGAAGCAGCUAGAGCAUAUGAUCAAGCUGCAAUAUUAAUGAGUGGAAGAAAUGCCAAAACCAAUUUCCCAAUAACACAAACUCCUCAAGGUGAUUCAAACACCACUACUGAAAACAGACCUUCAACAUCUAAGGAUCUUGAAGAAAUUCUUCAUGCUAAGCUUAGAAAAUGUGGCAAACUACCUUCCCCUUCCAUGACUUGUUUGAGGCUUGACACUGAAAACUCUCACAUUGGUGUGUGGCAAAAACGUGCUGGUAGGUGUAAUUCUGAUUCUAAUUGGGUUAUGACUGUUCAACUUGGAAAAAAUAAGACUGUAAUUGAAGAUAAUGGUAGUACUAGUGGUAGUAUUGUUGUUCCGACGACGACAACAACGACAACAGAAGAGGAAAUUGUAAGAGGAGAGAUUGAUGAAGAAGAUAGAAUUGCUCUUCAAAUGAUAGAAGAACUUCUCAAUGACAGGAACUGUGAUCCAACUCCUUCAUCACUUAAUAAUAGUACUAAACAAGGGGAUGAUAUUAAUACCUUUUUUUUUUGAAAACGUGUAUGUUGUUUAAUUUCUUUUAUAUUAUGGUUUUCACGUGUUAAUUAUUAGUAUUACAUAUACUAGUAUAUCUUUAUCAAGGUGUCAUUAUUUGGGAGAAAUGGAUGUGUUAGUUGUAGUUGUAGACUACUUGUAAUGUAAGUGUGGAUUUCUAUCAUAUAAUAUUAUAUAAGUAUACCAUAUUUAUCAA